AUGGCCUCGAACAUCACGAUGCCAGAGGCGCUUCCGCCUCUACCGUCCUAUGAGCUGACUCCCGCUCCUCAUCUAAUUUCCGGACUCGACGACUUCUACCUCUCUCUAAUCGCACCCAUCUUCGCCUACUGGGCCGUCUCGGCCAUCUUUCACGUCAUUGACGUGUACGAUCUGUUCCCGCAGUACCGCCUACAUACGCCCGCCGAGAUCGCCUCGAGAAACAGAGCUACCCGGUACGAGGUAUUUCGCGAUGUCAUUCUUCAGCAGGUUAUUCAAACAGUCGUGGGCGCUAUACUUGGCUGGAUGGACCCUCCGCAGAUGAUGGGCAAGGAGGACUACGACGUGGCUGUCUGGGCUACGAGAAUCCGUCUGGCGCAAAGAGCCUUGCCGGCAGUGCUCGGAUUGCUCGGCCUCAACGCUGCUGGCAUCGCCAAGAACAUGUCUGCUACUCACCCACUCCUGGCUGGAGUUUUGUCUGGCGGGCACUACCCCUUCCUUACCACCGGACUCGCCGGACCCGACGGAAUAGACGUACCUGCCUUUGCCACAUGGGAACUGGCGGUUGCCAAGACCAUGUAUUAUCUUAUUGUCCCAGGACUGCAGUUCUUCUUGGCCGUGACCUUUGUCGACACAUGGCAGUACUUUUUGCAUCGCGCCAUGCACAUGAACAAGUGGAUGUACACCAAGUGGCACUCGCGACACCACCGACUCUACGUCCCUUACGCAUACGGUGCCCUCUAUAACCACCCAGUCGAAGGUUUCAUUCUUGACACUGCUGGCGCUGGUCUUGCCUACCUGCUCACUGGCAUGACUGCGCGCCAAGGUAUUGUGUUCUUUUGCGCCUCGACCAUCAAGACAGUGGAUGACCACUGUGGAUACGCGCUGCCCUGGGAUCCUCUGCAGCACAUCUCGGGCAACAAUGCCACUUACCACGACAUUCACCACCAGAGCUGGGGCAUCAAGACCAACUUUUCUCAGCCCUUUUUCACCUUCUGGGACAGCUUAUUGGGCACCAUGUGGAAGGGCGACACGUCCUUGAAGUAUGAGCGAUCGAGAAAGAACGCCGAGGUUGCUAUGGCAGCUGAGACAAAAUAA